GAUGCUAACGAUACAUUUGCUACUGACCGCCGGAAUACUGGUUUGGGUAUAUUUCUUAUGGAGUCGACGGAGAUAUUACAUGGUGAUGCUGAAGUUGCCGGGACCCAUUGGAUUGCCCCUAAUUGGAAUUGCCUUGGAAUUGUUCAUUCAUAAAAUAAAAUGUAGUGUAUUCACGCGUAUUCUUAAUAAGCACGGCUCUACCGUAUUCACCUGGAUUGGCCCCGUGCCAACCUUAAUUACCAGAGACCCGAAAAUGGUUCAGGACAUCCUGACAUCUCCCGAAUGCAUAGACCGAAGUUCGGUCGCUGCAAAUGCUAUGGUGACUAAUUGUGGACACUCAAUAUUGACACUGUCAGAACCCUUGUGGAGCGAGCGUCGUAAGCAGAUGAAUCUCGCAUUUAAACAGAAUAUCCUGCUAAGCUUUUUUCCCACCUUCAACACUGAGACUAAUUUGCUGCUAACUUUGCUGGACUCUCAUGCAGGCCAAGGAGAAAAGGACCUGUUCACAGAUGUGCUUAGGUGGUCGUUUGCAAUAGCAUUUCAGACCACCGUGGGCGCUGAUAUCCAGCAAGAAGAAGGUUUUAAGAACGACAUGCUCCUAAAAUGCUUUCAGUCGGGCAUAAAGCUAGCCACAUUAAAUAUAGCUGUUCCCUUGACCCAAAUCGGUGUUAUUGCCAAGUUAAGCGGAAAUGAAAAGCAAAGAGCCAAAAGCUUUGCUACGGUGCACCCAGUGUUUGAUUCAAUCAUUGAGAAGAAGCUUAGCUCCAAUGCGGAUAAUAGCUCGGAAACGGAUGUAAAAUUGGUUAUCGAUCGAGCCAUCGGCUUGUACAAAACAGGGAAAAUAUCCUGGGCGGAAGUGCGAAGCGAGUGUUGCAUUAUGGUGCUCGGUUCCUUUGAGACAACAGCCCUCGCGGUAUAUCACGCUCUCACGCUGCUGGCCAUGCAUCCCGAAUUCCAGGAUACGGUAUACGAGGAGCUCAAUGAGGUCUAUCCAACCAGAGGAGACUUCGAUGUCGCCUACGAGGAUCUGCAGAAAUUAGUUUACUUGGAGCGCGUAGUGAACGAGACACUGCGCUUGAUACCAUCCAUUCCUUCAGAUUUAAGGGAACCUUCGAAGGAUUUCCGCCUUUCGUCUGGAGUUAUCAUACCCAAAGGAGUCAUGAUAAUCAUCGACAUAUUCAACACACACCGGAACCCGGAGAUCUGGGGUCCGGAUGCCUCCAAGUUCAAUCCGGAUAACUUUCUGCCGGACAACGUGCGUGCGAGGCAUCCUUAUGCCUUCAUUCCCUUCUCGAAGGGCAGGAGGAACUGCAUAGGCUGGAGAUAUGCACUUCUCUCUUCAAAGCUUGCCUUGGCCAAGAUCCUCAGGAAUUUUAAGGUGAGCACAAGCUUUCGCUAUGAAGAUCUGGAUUUCAUUCAAAAUGUAGGAAUGAAACUGACCGAAACACCAACGCUGGCCUUUGAACGACGUAUUUAGGGUAAUGUUGAUUGUUUUUUAUAUUAACUGUUGAAAAAUGUAUAAUAUUAA